AUGCCACGCGAAAGGCAUAAGAGAGGUCGCAGGGGUGAUGCGAAGAAAGAAAAUGAGCAUCAUAAACGAAAACGAGAGCCUGAUGGCCCCGAAACGGAAACACCGAAACGGCAAAAGGUUCAGAACGAGAACGAACAACCCCCCGUCCAGCAGGAGAAUGUUUUUGUUAACGGAGAAGACUAUGUCCCUCUCGAGGGCGGUGACCUGCCAAUGGAUGAUACUCCAUUCUACGGACUACUAGAUUCGGACGAGCAAGAAUACUUUUCUCGCGCAAACCAGACCCUAGAAUUCAACCAGUUCGAGGGCGAAGAGGAUAGAAGGAUAUUUGUUGACAGUGUCCUGGAAGAGGCUAAUGGCAAAGAGCUGAAAAUUGCAUGCAGCCAAUCCUGCUCGAGACUGAUGGAGAAACUUAUUUCGCUAUCAAGUGCAAAUCAGCUGAAGCACCUCUUUGCCAAAUUUCAUGGCCAUUUCUUGCAUCUCGUUCAGCACCGGUUUGCCAGUCAUUGCUGUGAACGCCUCUUUCAGCGCGCUGCACCUAUCGUAACAUACGAGAUGAAGCCUCGAGAAAAGAAAGGGGCAGAUGUGAGUGAUAACGAGAACGGGGAGACUGUUUCUGACCAGUCGAUGGCGGACCUUGUGCUAAGUGCUAUCUCGGAAUUGGAUGGUAACUGGGGUUACCUUCUGACUGAAUCGUUUGCAUCCCACACAAUACGAGUGCUACUCUUGAUUUUAGCUGGCGACCCCUUGGAUACCUCCAAUGUCGCGGUCAUUGCCAGCCGGAAAAAGGAGAACUUGAGCUCCCUCAAGACCCACACUCACUUUGAGCAUCCUUUGGCCGAAAAACGCGAUGUUCCCUCGGUGUUUAGAGAGGCGUUGGAAAAAAUGAUCAAGGACCUAAUCACUGGCCUGGACACAACAUAUCUGCGUGCAUUAGCCACGCACCCUAUUGGAUCUCCAGUACUCCAAGUGCUCUUGAUGGUGGAAUUGACGCACCUCGGCAAGGGGCGGAGUUCGGACCCAAAUUCUGUUAUACGGAGACUUCUUCCAGAUGAUUGUCUGCAGGACACAGACAGUGCUACGUUUCUCAACGGCUUAUUUUACGACCCCAUUGGCUCUCGGCUGUUGGAAACACUCUUACGGUAUUUGCCAGGGAAAUCCUUCAAGGGCAUAUAUAGGAAUAUUAUUCAAGACCGCAUUGGAUCAUUAUCUCGGAACGAGAUUGCAUCCUACGUCGUGGUCCGUGUCUUGGAACGGCUAAGUAAAGAGGACUUACAAACAGCAAUGGGUACUAUUUUGCGCGAAAUACCAUCAAUGGUUGAGCGGUCAAGAUUAAACGUCAUUAGAACCCUGAUAGAAAGGGGAACGGUAAGAGGAGCGGAUCUAACACCCCUGGCUGAAGCUCUGAAAUCGGCCUAUGGGGAUGAUCCUAUCUCCAGACUCUCGAAAAUUCUCCGGUUGGACGACAACGCCCAAGCUAAUGAUGGCCCCCCAAAUGACACGAGCAGUUUAGCAUCUCAGCAGCUUCACGGGUCGCUUUUAGCCCAGGCAAUGUUGCAGGUCCCAGGCCCUCUUUCUGGGAUGAUUAGAUCCAGUCUCCUGGAAUUACCACCAUCCACUUUGCUUGGCAUUGCAAAAAGCCCGACCGCGUCCCGUGUGCUUCAGGAGUCGCUCAAGUUUUCAAAAUCAAAUAGCCAAUUUCGUCGACAAAUUAUUCCAAGGUUCACUGGGCAUCUAUGCGAACUCGCAAUGGAUUCAAGCGGCUCUCAUGUUGUCGAUACCCUUUGGCAAGCAACUGCGGAUUUACUGUUCCUAAAACAACGGGCAGCUGAUGAGUUGAUUAACAAUGAAAAAGUGCUUCGAGAUUCAUUCCUAGGGAGAGCUGUAUGGCGAAAUUGGUCGUUAGAUUUGUAUAAGAGAAAACGGGGAGAAUGGAUGGCCAAGGCGAAAGGCCAAACGGAUUCUAAAUCAUCCCACCCGGAACAUGUGAAGCAGAAGUCCAAGCUAGACCUUGCAAGGGAGCGUUUUGCGGCUAAGUCGGAGGAGAAAGUGAAGAAGGAAUCGAAAAUAAUACAAACAAAAGGCAGGAGAGAAGGCCGGGAAAUAGGUGCCGAUCGUGAUGCAGGGGAAGAAUCCAUUCAGCGCAUAGUCGCGGCCCAUGUUUAG